UUGCGAAGCAAAGGCCCAUUUUUAUUUCCCACAUAACGGCGUCUUGUCAUCCGCAUUCGGCGGCUGUAGUAAAGUCCACCUUUUGUCUCCCCUGUCAAGCUGAAAUAGGUUUCUCAAUCAACGACAAUCGGAUUCCCAGUCAAAAAAAUUGGGAGUAAUGGACAACAUGGUAGAUUCUUUAAACAAUGCCUACCAAGAAUUUGUUGCUGCCGCAGCUAAUGUUCUCGAAACGAAGGAAUCUUCGGGCGCUCAAAAGACACCAGCCACCGAUGCUGCCUUGGAAAACUUUAAGCAGAAAUGGGAAUUGUUCAGAGUGGCUUGUGAUCAAGCUGAGGAGUUUGUUGAGUCCAUCAAACAAAGGAUAGGAUCCGAGUGCCUUGUCGAUGAAGCCACCGGGUCUAUGGCUGGGAAGUCGGGGCAGUCAACUGGCCUUCCUCCCAUUAGUGCUGUUCGUUUAGAGCAGAUGAGUAAAGCUGUCCGGUGGCUUGUGAUUGAGUUGCAGAAUGGUUCCGGAAAUGCGGGUGGUGCAGCUCAUGCCCACCCUUCUGCUCCUUUCGAUGCUAGAUUCUCAGAGGAUGCUGCUCAGUAGGUAUAGGUUGUUGUUUGAUACACAGGAACUCCACAAGUGGCUUUGAAUGUCUGUCCCAUGUUAAUUUUAUAACUCAAUGUUCAUUUCCUUAUUUACGGUUGAAUAGACAUAUGGUAAGCAUUUAAAGUCACUUGCGGAGUGAUAAUAAUCCAUAGAUAUAUGUGUUAAAUCUGUGACUAUGUUGUUUUCAGUUGGUUGUUGUAGAAUUCUAACGACAUGGCAUCUUCUGUUUUACUGCUACAAGUCUAAGAAAUGAUGUAAAUUAUAGUGGGAGGAUAUUGCUUUGUGGGAAGCAUCCCAUCUCAAAGCUACCUACUUUUGAUCCAUACAAGUUGGAUAAAGUCAUUUAUUUUUGUUUUA